AUGCCUUCCACCGCCACCAACGUUGCCAUGGCUGGCGUCGGUGCCUUUGCGGCAGCGGGUGCCUUGAGCGGUGCCUUCGUGGCGCCCGCUGGCACGGUCCAGCACAGUGAGCCUCAGAUGCAGAGGACCAACCUUCGCGCGGCGGGCUACGGCUCCUCGCAGGCUGCUGGUGUCGGUGCCAUGGCUGGGCUCGGUGCCGUGGCCGGUCUGGCCGCAGCCGGUGUGGCUGGCAAGCGUGCCAGCAAGGGACGCACCUCCAUGCAGGCCGUGGGCGUCGGCAUCAACGGGUUCGGCCGCAUCGGCAGGCAGGUGGCCCGCAUCGCCAUGAAGGACCCGGAGACCGAGCUGAAGCUCAUCAAUGCCAGCUACGAUGCCGACUACCUGGCGUACAUGAUGAAGUACGAUACGAUUCAUGGGAAAUACGAUGGAACC